AUGCCCACGGAGGUGACAGAUGAAGGAAUUGAUAUAGAAGAGGGCGAGGAAGACGAGGAUGAAGACGGAAAUGCGGACGACGACGAGGAUGAUGAGGACGACUUUGACGACGAGUUCACCUCUGAAGCUCAGGCUCCUUCUGCCCUCGUUUUCACUGCACCUCCUGGACAGCGUGGCCCCACUACACAAGACCUUGUCCAGCUGCGUGAGGCAACCCUUCUCUUCAAUUCGAACACAUUCAAACUCUCCCUCGAUGCUUUCCUGCCCACACUCCGCCCGUCUGAAUCUAGGAAACCCGCUCUCACUGCAUUCCUUCACAAGCUGCGCACGCACCUCCUCAGCAUCCCCUCGAUUCGUCCGACUCACCCACUUCAAGCUCAACGGCUUCCAGAGCUUAACGGGGUAAAAGUACCUUACCCUUUCCCUCGGCCGGCGCAGGAGGUGAACUGGAAAGUCCUCUUCCUCCCUCCGGUCGAAGUCCAGGUAAUCGGCUCCUGGGCGACCAAUACCUCCCUCUCCAUUCCCGCCCGUGGGAAUAAGAGCAAGCACGGGUGGGCGAUCGAUCUAGGCAUCGUUAUGCCACCUGAGAUGUGGGAGAAGAAGGACUACCUGAACGGUCGAGCGUGGGCUAAGCGCGCAUUCUAUGCUGCUGUUGUGGCAGCGUCCAUAUCAGCAGGGGGAUUGGACGUACAGGCUCAAUUUGAGGCCCCUGGAGGUGACGAGAGGCUUGUCAGGGUGGUUUUAAAGGCCACUCAUGGUCCGGAUGCUCCCCUUUCUUCACACUUCGCCAUUCACAUCCACCUUCUUUUCCCUUCCGGCUCAGCCUUCCCCUUCUCCAUUCCGCACCUGUCUCCCUCUCGAAGCUGCUUCCACAUGCAAGCUUCCGCCUUUUCCCUCCCAACCCCGCUGUACAACUCCCUUCUCGUCUCCCUCUCCUUGCCAUUGCCUUUACUGGUGACAAUUCACCAAUUCACACAAGACAUCCCCGCCUACCGAGACGCACUCGCCCUUUUGCGGGCGUGGGUCAGCAGAAGAGGGUUCGACCGUUCCUCCCGCACGGGAGAGCGUAGCGUGCUUGGCUUUGAAGGCCGCGGCGCAUGGUGGGCGCUUCUGCUCGGCGGAUGUGUACAAGGCUGGGAAGAACCGGAGAAGCGUUCCUUGGGGGUGACCGCGAAGGCACGCCUUGCACGGGGGAUGAGCAGCUACCAGCUGUUCCGCGGUGUUCUCGACUUCCUCCAGUCAUGGGAUCCCGCCAGGCCCGUGUUCAUGAAGUCUCGUACCACUUCCAAUUCGAAUAAGUCCAACUUCACCGUGGACGAAUGGACACAACACCAUCAAUGUGUAUUCGUUGACCCCAGCGGGAGCUGCAAUCUCCUGUCUGGGGUACCACGAUCCUCGCUCCUCUUACUGUCGCACGAAGCAUCUUUGGCGAUGCGUGUGCUGGAUGGAGAGGCCGAGGAUGCCUUCGGCGCUCUCUUAUUACGGGAUCUAGGUCUCCCGCUCACGAGAUUCGACGCUGUCCUUCGGGUGGACAUCUCUGGCGCUUUGCCAAUCACCGACCUGCGUCCAGCCCAGCUUGAUAAUGCUUCGCCAGCCAAUGCCUUGGUGCACUCCAUCUUGGCAGUGGUGGAGCGCGGGCUCUCGACCCGCGCAAAGUGCGUCACCAUUCUUCAGUCUCCCCUUCCCUCCUGGGACCCUACCACGGACCGUCCCAUCCCUAACUCGUCAAUUGACAUUGGGAUCCUUUUCAACCCCGGUCAGUUUGCGCGGCUCAUAGAUCAUGGUCCUCUCGCAGACGAUACGGCGGGUGCAGCCACUUGGCGCGAGUUCUGGGGUGAUAAGUCUGAAUUGCGCCGAUUCAAGGAUGGGAGUAUCCAGGAGUCUGUCGUCUGGGACGCGUCGUCGCACGAGGACCGUUCAAACAUCUCUUCUCGACUGGUUGUGUACAUCCUUGGACGACACUUCAGGAUUCCUGAGAGUGCCAUCACGCUCUUCCAGCCGAUGCUAGAUGAAUUCAUCCAGCUUCCAGGGAGUGCUGUGCAAGCGAUCACCGGGGAGGUACCGAGCGCGAUUGGGUUCAGCACGGUGUUGCAGUCGUAUGACCAGCUCGUAAAGGAGCUUAAGGCAAUCGAAGGAUUCCCGCUUUCUUUGCUCAACGCGACUGCCGCCACGGAAGGUUUGCGAUACACGAGCGCCUUUCCACCUCUGAAGGUCGAUGCUUCUCGUGUGGCGUCGCUCCCUGACUGCCUGCGGCAUAUACCUGCGCACGAAAUCAUUCUGGAAUUCGAAGCAUCCACAAGGUGGCCGGAUGAUCUCGUCGCUGACCAGAAGAUCAAGCUUGCCUUCUUCGAAGAAAUCGCCACCAAACUCAAAGCGCGCAUCCCUGACAGUGUCGUCCACAUCGUCCUGGAUCCUCCACCUGCCCUCCCGAUUGAGGAUAACUGCAUUCUUGAAGUCAUUAUGCCGAACGGUAUCGCGUUCCAUGCCAGGAUUUAUCAUAAUCGCGAGCGAACCCUGCUUGAACGGGUCGUUGGUGACCGUGCAGCGACCGACAAAGAGCGCAGACAGGCUGCAAGUGUGCUGCAGCGAUUCAAUGAGCGCUUCAUCGAUAAACCGAGACAUCAUAGCGCUAUUGCGACUUUACACCACAAGUAUGCUGUGUUCUCCCAAACUGUCAGGCUCACGAAGCGCUGGCUGGCUGCGCAUCUCUUGCUCCCCCAUGUGCCAGUUGAGCUGAUCGAGCUGCUUUGCGCGCAUUUAUUCCUAUGCCCCGGGCCGUUUUCCCCUCCUACAUGCUUAUUGAAUGGUUUCCUGAGGGUUCUUCACAUCCUCAGCACCUGGAAAUGGGUACAAGAACCGCUCAUGGUGCCACUGUACUCAUCGAAGGACGCCGAACAGGGUGCCCGCGUGGGUUUUCCGAAGGAAAAGCGCGAUGCUGUUUCGGAAGCAUUCAGCGUAUGUCGCUCCGCCGAUCCAAGCAUAUCCACUCGCGCAUGGUUUAUUGCCACGGAAGAGGACCUGAACGGUAUGGCAUGGGGGCACAACGCACCUACUGCGCUAAUAUGCCGGCGGAUCACACAACUGGCUAAAACGUAUCAUGAUUAUGCUGAAGCCUCUUUCGAAAAGGACAAUCUGCAAAUGAGGACACUUUUCAAUCCUCCUUAUGACGAAUACGAUUUCACCCUCACUCUGGACCCCGGCGUGUUGCCAAACUUAUAUCAAGGACUGAAAGCAGACGAAAGUGUGUGGUUGGGCCGUAUGAAAUUCCGGAAUUUGCCGAACCAAGAGCCCCCUAUUUAUGGCUCUAUCUUGAAAGCCGAUUUCGAUCCGGCAUUGCGAUUCUUCCGAGAUCUUCAGAGAAUCUACGGUGAUGUCUGCGUCUUGUUCUACGAUCCCCUGGGCGGCGAAAAGAUUGCUGGAAUUUGGAAUCCUGCGGUUUUGAAGCCGACACCAUUCAAGGUUCUACUUGGCUUUUCGAGCAUGCCUGAGGCUCAUAGUGAGGAUGAUGGUGAAGCGAACGGACCUACCAAUGGAGCCAAGAAGUCAAAGGCUACGGUCUCAUUGAAUAAGGAUGCCAUCCUCAACGAAAUGGCUGCUUUAGGCAGCGGUCUCGUCAAAAGUGUGACGACCAGGUAACACUAUAUGCAGUUCCUCCAUGAUUGAUUACAUAUUCUCCUAUAUAGC